AACAUUUUAUUGGUGUAUUUGCUUCAUAUGUUAUAGCACCAGGAGCCGAGUUAACUUAUGACUAUAACUUCUCCACAUUUGGCGGCGCUCAAGAGCAAGAAUGCUUUUGUGGGGCACCUAACUGUCGUGGUUUGAUAGGUGGAAAACAUCGAUCGACAACUACAAAAUGUUGCAAUUAUAACCGUGCCCUUGAAAAAAGAUGGUUCCUCUGGAACGAUUUACAUUCUUCAUUAAGUGAAGG